AUGAGAAGAUAUCCAAACCCUGUUUUAUCUGAUAAUGAAAAUAAUUGUAAGCCAGCAUUUAACUUUGAGCAAAACUUAUAUAAACAAGCCUUAGACUUAGCUGAAUAUGAAGAUGACCCAUGGAAAGAGCUUAAUAUGGAGAAUAUAAUAAUUUUGGAGGAGGCAAGCUAUGAAGAAACUGGCAGUGAAUAUACUAAAGAGAUUCCUGAGAUUAAAGCAAAGCCAAUUACACUAUGCAUUAUAAUCAACAAUAAUCAUAGAGAUAUAGGUCACUAUAAUAGAACUAGUAAGAAGAGAUUGCAAGAACUUAUUGGUAUCUGGAAAAUUGAUAUAGAUGCUAUUAGUAAAGUUAAUAAAAAACUUUAUCUUCUUGGAGUAUGUUUGAGACACUUUAAUUACAAUCAAAAUACAGUGCAUAGUAAAAAGUUGAAAGGUUAA